AUGGCUUCUACCGAUUCUGUUCCCAAGGCCAUGGAGGCUCUCAACAUCUCCAAGACCAAGGAGCUCAAAGAUACUUUGAUCGCCCUCGAGAAGAAAUAUCAACAGAAAUGGCAGGACGAGAAAGUCUUCGAAGCUAAUGCUCCCACCACGGAUGAUGUGCCCCUCCACUCCAUUUCCGCAGCCGAACUUCGGGAGCAGCAGCCCAAAUUCUUUGGGACAAUGGCCUACCCUUACAUGAAUGGAACCCUUCACGCUGGUCACUCUUUCUCCGUCAGCAAGGUUGAAUUCGCCGCUGGUGUUGCACGCAUGCAGGGAAAGCGAACCCUCUUCCCCAUGGGCUUCCACUGUACAGGAAUGCCCAUCAAGGCUUGUGCCGACAAGCUCGUCGACGAGGUCAAGAUGUUUGGCCAAGACUUUUCGGGCUACAAGGAUGAUGAGCCUGUUGUCGAAGAGAAAGCCCCUGUUGCCAAGCAGACCAAAGAGGAUGUCACCAAAUUCAAGGCUACGAAGGGCAAAGCUGCGGCGAAAGCUGUCAAGAUGAAGUACCAGUUCCAGAUCAUGCAAGCUAUUGGAAUUCCCGCUGAGGAAAUCCACAAAUUCGCUGACCCUCAACAUUGGCUUCAAUACUUCCCUCCACUGUGUAGGGAAGACCUGACCAAUUUUGGUUGCCGCAUCGACUGGCGCCGGUCUUUCGUCACCACCGAUGCUAACCCUUACUACGACGCUUUCGUUCGAUGGCAGAUGAACAGUCUCAAGGCGCUCAACAAAAUCAAAUUUGGCAAACGAUACACCAUCUACUCUAUCAAGGAUGGUCAGCCUUGUAUGGACCACGACCGAGCUGAAGGUGAAGGUGUUGGCCCUCAGGAAUACACUGCCCUGAAGAUUAAGGUUCUCGAAUGGGCGCCCAAAGCUGCCGAGACCCUGAAGGAUAAGCUUCCGGAUGGUGUCAAUGUUUACCAAAUCGCGGCCACUCUGAGACCUGAGACUAUGUAUGGCCAAACUUGCUGUUUCGUUGGCCCUAAGAUUACCUACGGGAUCUUCAAAGUUAAUGAGAGCGACUACUACUGUAUGACGGAGCGUGCAGCAAGGAAUAUGGCGUACCAGGGUAUCUUUGCUAAGGAGGGCGUCAUUGAGAAGGUUGCUGAGAUCAUUGGCUCCGACAUGGUUGGCACUCUUGUUGAUGCUCCUCUCUCUCUACACAAGGAGGGAGUCCGUGUCUUGCCUAUGGAGACUGUUCUCCCCACAAAGGGCACUGGAGUUGUCACUUCCGUGCCUUCUGACAGUCCCGAUGACUUUGCUACUGUGACCGACCUGGCUAAGAAGGCUGAUUAUUAUGGGAUUCAGAAGGAGUGGGCCGAGCUUGAGAUCUUCCCCAUUAUUGAGACACCCACUUACGGUGACCUCUGCGCCCCUUUCCUAGUCAAGAAGCUCAAGAUUGCCUCUCCCAAGGAUACAAAGCAGCUUGAAGAGGCCAAGGAGCUUGCUUACAAGGAGGGCUUCUACCAGGGUGUUCUGAAAGUAGGUGAGUUCAAGGGCGAGAAGGUCGAGGUUGCCAAGUCCAAGGUCCGACAGCAGAUGAUCGAUGCUGGUCAGGCAUUUGCCUACUCUGAACCUGAGCGCAAGGUGGUCAGCCGGUCAGCCGAUGAAUGUAUCGUUUCUCUCAUGGAUCAGUGGUACCUGGACUAUGGCGAGGAAUCGUGGAAGAAGACCGCCCUUGACUAUGUGGAGAAUGGUCUCAACACUUACACACCUGAAGUUAAGAACAGCUUUGAAGGAGUUCUGAACUGGUUGAACCAGUGGGCUUGUGCUCGCUCCUUUGGUCUUGGGUCCAAGCUGCCCUGGGAUCCUCAAUUCCUUGUUGAGAGUCUGAGUGAUUCGACUGUCUACAUGGCCUACUACACUAUCGCACAUCAUCUGCACAAGGAUAUCUUUGGUAAGACGAAGGGAACCGCAAACAUCGAACCGGAACAGAUGAUCGACGAAGUCUGGGACUAUAUUUUCUGCCGCCGUGAUUUAAGUGACGAGAUUGUCGCAGACAGCAAGGUUCCUAAAGAAACCCUGGAGAAGAUGCGCCGCGAAUUUGAGUACUUCUAUCCUCUCGACGUGCGAGUAUCGGGCAAAGUGAAUUUGGCCCUAUUCUCUCAAGAGUACUGGCCUCGAAGUAUCCGCGCGAACGGUCAUUUGAUGUUGAAUGGCGAGAAGAUGAGUAAGAGCACCGGUAACUUCAUGACUCUCCGAGACUUGACAGAGAAAUACGGUGCGGAUGCUUCUCGUAUUGCUCUUGCAGAUGCCGGUGACGGUGUAAACGACGCCAAUUUCGAAGAGGAUGUUGCCGAUACGAACAUUCUCCGAUUAUAUACUCUCAAAGAGUGGUGUGAGGACAUCGUUCGGGAUCAGGAUCAGCUUCGAACUGGCGAGUUGAAUUCGUUCCAGGACGCUUUGUUCAACAACGACAUGAACGCGGUUAUCAAGGAGGCUGUUGAGCAGUAUGCCAACACCAACUACAAGCUGGCCUUGAAGGCUGCUCUAUAUGAGUUGACGAGUGCUCGCGAUUUCUAUCGAGAAGCCUGCGCAGCAGCUGGCAUAAAACUGCACCGCGAUCUUGCCCUCCGGUAUAUCGAGGUACAGGCCCUGUUGCUGGCCGUCGUUGCUCCUCACUGGUCUGAGUACAUUUGGCUUGAGGUGCUGAAGAAUAAGGACACUAUUCAUAAUGCUCGAUUCCCCGAGAUCAAGGAGGUCGAUGCUUCCCUGUCGGCGAAGCGUGACUAUGUACGAAACACUGCUUCCAACGUCAACUCGGCGGAGGGUCUGCAACUGAAGAAGAAGGCCAAGGGCAAGGAGACAUCUUUCGACCCCAAGAAGCCUAAGCAACUCACAAUCUUUGUCACGGACAAAUUCCCAGCUUGGCAAGCGAAAUACAUUGAUCUCUUGAAGGAGAUGUGGAACGCGGAGGCCAAGUCAGUCAACGAUAAGGAGCUCAAUGGCAAGAUUGGCAAGAUGGGAGAAAUGAAGAAGGCCAUGCCAUUUGUGCAGAACCUCAAGAGACGACUUCAGACUGGUGAGCCAGCGAGCGUGGUCCUGGAGCAGAAGCUGGCAUUCAACGAGAAGGAGACUCUCCUGCAGAUGGUUCCUGGAUUGAAGCGAACCAGCGGCCUGGUUGCUUGCCACAUCAUCUCAGUCGAAGAGGGCAGCAAGAAGGGAACCAACCUCGGAGAUGGAAAGGAGGUGGAGCUUUCAGUACCUACAGCCGAGCAUGCAGUCCCUGGACAGCCAACAUUCCAUUUUGAAAAUGUCGAGGCUUGA